UCUUAUUUCAUUCUACAGAAAUUGUGAUUGAUUGAUUUUGACUGACUGGUUUUGUUAACGAGAAUCAUGGCAAAGGAUAAGAAAAGUUCGAAACAGACGAUGAUGGAAAGUGCCACUCGUGAAUACACGAUCAAUUUGCACAAGCGGUUACACGGCUGUGUGUGGAAGAGACGUGCACCUCGAGCCAUCAAAGAAAUUAGGAAAUUUGCUCAGAAAGCUAUGGGAACGGAAGACGUGCGAGUCGAUACGAGACUUAAUAGGGAAAUUUGGAAACAAGGCAUUCGAAACGUACCUUUUCGUUUGAGAGUUAGGCUUGAAAGAAUAUCUAACGACGAUGAAGACGCACCUCAUCCCUUUUAUACUGUAGUAUCUUUUGUUCCUGUAACGUCCUUCAAAGGUUUACAAACUGUGAAUGUUCCCAAGUAAAGUUGACAAGUUUAUUCCAGUCUUUUAUAGAGCUGUU